AUGGCGCAUGCUGACACCCCGGAGCCAGACACACUGCGAGGCUGGGGUGCCCCGGACGCGUGUCCUUCGUUGGGCCGCGAGGUCAGGCGAGCUGUCCUUCGCAGCCACUCCCCGCCUCAGGCCCUGCGCCGGCGGCUUGCGGUCGGCGUGCGGAGCCGUGUCCGGCCUCCCCAGUCACCGCACGCCGGAGCACAGGGCUCCGGGCUGCCGAGGGUGUGCGCAGAUCCCUGCUCGGCCGCUGCCUCGCCCUCCCCGGCUCCCGCCCCCUUCCCGGCCCGCCCGCAGCGACUGCCCGGGCGCACGUACCUGCUCGCGCCGCGCCGCGCCGCGCCGGGCUGCACCGCGUCGGCCGCUGGGGGGCUCGGAGAAGGGACAGGGCAGGGAGGGAGCGGCGGAUCCUGGAGCGCCGCUGAUCGAGCUCCGCCCGCGGCGGGCGAGAGCGCCGGGAGAGUUAGCGUGGGGAGGGAGACGGAGGCGGCUGCGGGUGCCCGGCCCCCACCGCCCCUAGAGCCACCUCUGUCUCGCCCGCGCGCGCUGCCCGGGGAAACCCGAGGCUAG